AUGUCCUCAUCUAGCAUGCUUCCGCCCGUAGGGCCUGUAGGCCAUGUCUACCCCCGACGACGACGCCAAAGCAGCAGCAGCAGCAGCAGCAGCAGCAGCAGGCAGUGCUCCUGGACCAGGCCCCGACCGAAGCCCCGGGGAGGCUCCCGCGGAUACUCCACCGACGACGAAGACGAGGUCCUCUACGACCUGGACGAAGCCGCCCUGGCGCAGCUGCCCGUGCACCUCCAAGACACCAUGCGCGAGCUGCAGCUGGAGCGCGUCCACCGGUUCCAGCAGCAGCAACAGCAGCAGCAGCAGAGCGCCCACAACGAGCUCCAGCUCUGUCGGCCCGUCUACCACAGCGACUAUGCCGAGACAUGGUUCAAGAACAUGAUGGCCCGGCUGUCGGCGGACCAGGAGAUGAGUGAGGCCCACUACCAUCUGCGACAGGCCCAGGGAAACACCUACCAGCAGGAUGAAAGUUGGCGCUCGCAACAGCAGCAGUGGUCUGUCAACCGGCAGAAUGAUAUUCAGGCUGCUGCUGCCGCGGCCGCGGCCGUUGCCAUGGGGGGAAACAGAAAUAUCCCCGCUUUAUCAUGA